GCGGUUCUAUAUUUAUUCGUUUUUAAUGUAAUCUCGUGCGAAAAAUUCUGCUCUCAUAAAGCAGAAUUAAGCUAAAGGCUUGAAGUACUUCUUGGCACAUUACAGAAAUUUUCGUAAUUUACAGAAGAAAAGACAGACCACAUCAUUUCUUUCUUUCUUAAGUAAAUUGUAAGGUAUUAGUAAGCUUGGAAGCUUUUUCCAUCGCAGGUGUACAUUUGUCGGACAAUGAAAGUUUUAACUUCUGUGAAGAACAUUUACCAAAAUGAUUUGGCCAAUACUGACGCAGUCAACUAUUUUAGUUUGUAUCGAUUUGCGACAAAAUGGGAUAUGAUUUUGUUAUUGAUUGGCAUCACCGCUACACUACUCAAAUCGAUGGCCUUGCCAAUAUUUAACAUCAUCUUUGGUGAAUAUACAUCAUUGCUGGUCGAUCGAACUCUGGGCAUUGGCACAAGCUCAACCACAAUAUUCUUGCCAUUAUUUGGCGGUGGAAAAAUAUUAACAAAUGCAACCGAAGAAGAAAACCACCACGAAAUUAUGAACGAUACAAUUGCGUAUGGGAUUUUGCUGACAUUGACCAGCUGUUUGGACUUUAUUGUGGGCAUCAUAUGUGUUGAUUGUUUCAAUUAUGUGGCGAUUUGCCAAAUCACUCGCAUUCGUAUAAAAUUCUUUGAAUCAUUGAUGCGCCAAGAGAUCGGUUGGUAUGAUGUCGCUGGUGGCAGUAAUAACUUGACCGUUCGAAUAAUCGAAAAUAUUGAGAAAAUUCAAGAUGGAAUCGGUGAGAAAGUUAGCCAUUUUCUGUAUUUGGUAAUGAGCUUUGUGAUUUGCGUUGUUAUAUCGUUCAUUUACGGCUGGAAACUAUCUCUCGUUAUGAUAGCGUAUGUGCCGAUAGUGAUAAUUAUGAACUCAAUCAUCGGAAGGUUUCAAAUGGCACUAUCAACUAAAGAAUUGGAUUCGUAUUCGGCUGCCUCAAAUGUUACCGAAGAAGUUCUGAGUGGCAUUCGAACAGUUUACGCAUUUGGCGGUGAGCGGUCAGAAAUCAAACGGUACAACAAACGGCUUGUCAAGGCUAAGAACGCUGUUAAACUGAAGGGACUAAUUACCGGAAUCGGUGAUGGCAUCAUGCGUUUUCUCUUUUUGGCAUGCAGUGCACUUGCUUUUUGGUAUGGCGUGCGCCUUGUGCUAGAUGAUCGUGACAAAGAUGACAAGGAAUACACUCCAACCGUGUUGAUGAUUACUUUCUUAGGAUUAUUCAUCGGCGCUGACAAUAUCGAGAAUACCGCACCGUUUUUAGAAACAUUCGCCACGGCUUGUGGAUCAGCCGCAAGUAUUUUCCGAGUAAUCGAUCGCAGUUCUAAAAUUGAUUCGAUGUCAAAUGAAGGGAUGGUGCCGAGUUCGAAUAUCGAAGGGAAUAUAACAUUUAAAAGUGUACACUUUAGCUAUCCGUCUCGAUCAGAUGUGCAGGUUCUUCGUGGUUUGGAUUUUAAAAUCCAAGCCGGUCAAUCAGUGGCGCUGGUCGGAGACUCGGGAAAUGGAAAAUCAACGUGUUUACAACUUUUGCAGAGAUUCUACGAUCCAGAUGAGGGACGAAUAUUGAUCGAUGACUAUGACAUUCGCACGAUGAACAUCAAUGUGUUGCGUUCGAAUAUUGCAACCGUCGGACAAGAGCCAGUUCUGUUCUCAACGACAAUCGGAGAUAAUAUUCGCUACGGAAAUCCGGAUGCAACCGAUAAAGACAUAGUUGCUGCAGCCCAAAUGUCCGGUGCACACGACUUCGUAGCUAAUUUACCACAAGGCUAUAACACGUUGGUUGGUGAAAAAGGAUCAAAAUUAUCUGGUGGACAAAAGCAAAGAAUCGCUAUCGCUCGUGCAAUGAUCCAAAAUCCAAGAAUAUUGUUGUUGGACGAAGCAACGUCGGCACUUGAUUACCAAUCGGAGAAGAUUAUUCAAGAAACACUGGACAAAGCGAGUAAAGGGCGAACAACGAUCGUAGUAUCACAUCGAUUGUCAGCCAUACGAAAUGCAGACCGAAUUCUAUUUAUUGACAAUGGACUCAUAAUCGAAGACGGAACACACGAUCAAUUGAUGGCAUUAAAAUCACGAUACUUUAAAAUGAUAACAGCCGGACGAGUGGAAGACGCCAAUAAUGGUGCAUUCAAUAGUUCAAAUGAAGACAAUGUGAACGAUUGCCAGUAUAGUAAGAAUAAGAACUGUGUCAAGCGAUUGAUUACUGAUAAAUUUGAUGAAAAAGACCAUUUUCAUAACUUAUCUGCUGAUGAUAUGGUAAAAGACACACACGAAGUUGAAGAAAACAUUGAUUAUUGGAAUAUUUUUAAGCGAAUUUUGAAUUUAGCUAGACCACAAUGGCUGAUCAUACUCUUGGCCAUAAUUUUUGCAUGCUUUAUUGGCUCUACGCUACCUAUAAUUUCAAUAUUGUUUGGUGAAAUCUAUGGGGCGCUAUCAUUAGAAAAUGCCGAAACGGCAUCGAAAGAAACAAACAAAAUUUGCAUGCUAUAUUUGGUGGUGAGUGUGAUAACAUUCUUCGUAGCCAUAUGUCAGACGUACUGGUUUUCAGAGGCUAGUGUCGAAUUGGCAACACGAGUUCGGUCAAUGACAUUUGCCGCUUUGCUACAACAGAAUUGUGCUUGGUUUGACGAUGAAAAUAAUUCAACUGGAGCACUUUCCGCUCGGCUCACUAGCGAUGCAGGCGAUUUACAAGAUGCAAUUGGUAAUCCGUUGAAUGAGAUUAUCCGGUCAUUUUCCACAUUUGCAAUCGGGAUAUUUGUGGCAUUCGGUUAUUCCGUGAAAUUAUCCAUUGCAUGCAUGGUUGCUUUUCCGUUGUCGUUGCUUACCGUCAUAUUAGAAGCUAGGCACAUGUCGAAGAUCAGCUUCAUCGAAAAGCAAUCACUUGAAAUUAGUAUGAAAAUUGCAACGGAAGCUAUUUCUAACAUUCGAACUGUUGCUGGCUUAAGGCAAGAGAAAUUUAUGAUUGACCGAUAUGUUACCGAAACGAGAAAAAUGUUCACGUUGAUUCGAAAGAAGAUUGCUUGGCGUGGCUUUGUGAACUCAUUAGCUCAAACGAUUCCAACGUUCGCCAACGCCCUUACUCUUUGCUACGGUGGUUUUCUUGUCAUCAAUGGUGAAAUCCACUUCAAAAAUGUCAUCAAAGUGACCGAGGCGUUACUAUACGCAACUAUAGAAAUGAGUCAUAGUUUGGUCCAUAUUCCAUCAUUAACAGCUGCUUUUGUUGGAGCGCAUCGUAUUUUUCAAAUAAUCGAUCGAACCCCCCAGAUCAAAUCUCCAAUCAUACAGUACAAACAGGAAAAACCGAAUAAUAACAACAGGAUCACAUAUAACAAAAUCUAUUUUCGCUAUCCAACGCGACCAGACGUUCAGAUUCUUGAAAAUUUCAAUUUGGACGUCAUGGAAGGAAGAACGAUAGCUUUGAUCGGUAGCUCUGGUUGUGGCAAAUCCACAUGCAUCCAACUGUUACAACGAUUGUACGAACCUCAACAUGGCCGCAUUCAUAUAGGCUUGGAUGAGAUAUCCAGGGACGUUACCAUCAAAGAUUUAAGAUCGAAAUUGAGCAUUGUAUCACAAGAACCCGUCCUUUUUGACAGAACAAUCGCGGAAAAUAUUGCAUAUGGCGAUAACUCACGGAAAGUUUCAAUGGGCGAGAUAAGAAACGCUGCUCGAAUGGCAAACGUACACAAUUUCAUCAAUCAAUUACCAAUGGGCUAUGAAACGAAUGUCGGUAAUAAAACAGCUCAGCUGUCAGGUGGUCAGAAACAGAGAAUAGCCAUUGCACGUGCUUUGAUUAGAAACCCGAAAAUUCUUCUGUUGGAUGAAGCCACAUCAGCUUUAGAUGUACAAAGCGAGCAGAUCGUUCAACAAGCUUUGAACUCAGCUCGAUCAGGUCGCACAUGUUUAGUGAUUGCUCAUCGACUAAGCACCGUUCAAAAUGCCGACGCUAUCUGCGUUUUACACGGUGGUAACAUCGUCGAGUAUGGAACCCACACUGAACUAUUGGCAUUGGGUGGACGAUAUACGAAUUUAUACAACGCUCAGAAAUGAAUUAUUGGCAGAAAAAUUAAUUCGGCGUUUUAUAGACUUGAUGAUGGCUAUUCUGUUAAUUUGUAAUGUCAACAUUUGUUAUUUUUUGUUUCUGUGUUAAAUUUCCAUUUUCUAUUGAAAUGUUACAAAUUGUCAUGUUCUUGUCUGAUAAUUUUUGAUCAUUGUAAUCAUCGCUGAUAUGAAAAAAACAUGGGUACUAAGCAAUGUGUUGUGCCUACUGCCACUUUCAAAAAUAAAGAGUGAACUUACGAGUAAAAUUUCAAAAUCUUGCUUUAAACUAUUAUGGAUUUUAAAUCCAAUCACAGAAGAAUCAAUUUAUUAAAAGAAAUCCAGUGUGCUCCAGUUAUAAAUUCGA